UCACGUUGGCGAUUUACGUAGCCGCGCUUCCCGCGCCGUGAUCGAUCGAUCGGCACCGAGUGCCGUCGCCUCGAUCAACGUCGCGGGAUACAUUUUUAUUCUCAGCCCUUUUUUUCUCUCCUCUUCCGAUUUUCGCCCGAGAUACGACGGAUCCCUCGGUUCCCACGGUGGGCGUCGAUCGAUCGAUCGUAUCGGGAGAUUGCUGGGCGCGCUAGCGCUUCCCGUUUGCGUUCGCAGAUGGCAUUCGCACAAGUUUGUUCGAUUCGCUCGUUAUGCACGGUCUCCUGGCUCCUACUUCGGGUCGGAGCACAAAGCGACGUAAUAGCUUACGACAAAGACGUAAGCGUAAACGUAGAUAAUGCACAAGCUUUGGCGUAUGUCGUAUUUACCGCCAAUUACAUACGACGUUACGUUUACGUAAAAGCUUGUGCGUGAUCUACGUUCACGCUUACGUCUUUGUCGUAGGCGAUUACAUUGCGUUGUGCUUUGCUUCUGCUGAUGGCUGAAAACGAGACGUAAGCGCCUAUGUCUGUCGCCAGUCGUAGGCGUAAGGCGAAGCAGAGAAAACAAGCACUUGGUACGGACAGUGGAUUCAACGAACUGAGCGAUGAAUCCAAAUCAGCUUCCAUAUCUCCCGCAGCUACAAAUUUAAUAUCACCAUCAUCGAGAGUCGACUCCACCAGUAACGAUACCGGCUGCCCGAUUGACACCACAGAUGAGAAAGAUGAGGUAUCCUCCACUGUCUCAAACCUGUCGGAUUUAUCAGGAUUGUCCGACCUCUCUGGCGAAGCGGAGAUCAGUCAUCAGUGGAGAAACGCCUCUUCGUGGAUUCAGAAACAGAUGCUGACAGGCGCGGAUCCCAGGGAUCUCCUACACCACCUCCUCAUGGACUCCACCCAGAUCCCUGAGCAGGUCGACGAUCUCACAUUAUGGAAGAUCAUAAUCAACAUGAUGUCCGAGCCUCCGAGACGGCAAAAACUCAAACACGUAAAUACCUUAUCCGACGUGGUACGAUUAAUUUGCAAUAGCAAGAAAAUUAUAGUAUUGACCGGCGCGGGUGUUAGCGUCAGCUGCGGUAUUCCUGAUUUUAGAAGUAGAGAUGGUAUUUAUUCAAGACUAGCACAGGAUUUCCCAGAUUUACCGGACCCACAGGCAAUGUUCGACAUUAAUUAUUUUAGUCAAGAUCCCAGGCCAUUCUACAAAUUUGCGCGCGAGAUAUAUCCAGGGCAAUUUAAACCUAGCCCUUGUCACAGGUUCAUCAAAAUGUUAGACAAGCAGAAGAAGCUCUUGAGAAAUUAUUCACAAAAUAUUGACACUUUGGAACAGGUCGCUGGUAUCGAAAACGUGAUUGAAUGCCAUGGCUCCUUCGCCACCGCGUCGUGUACACGAUGUAAAUACCAAGUCAGAGCGGACGACAUCAGGGAGGAUAUCUUCGCACAGAGGAUACCGACGUGUCCGAAAUGCCGUGUCAACGCGUUGCCCUCCCUAUCCGAGGUGAAUUGCAGCGAGAACUACAGAGAUCUGGUGUCGCAAGGUAUAAUGAAGCCAGAUAUCGUCUUCUUCGGCGAAGGGCUCCCAGAUGCUUUCCAUGACGCGAUGGCCAAAGACAAGGACGAUUGCGAUCUUCUAAUCGUUAUCGGAUCGUCCUUGAAGGUUCGGCCGGUAGCCCUAAUUCCUUCAUCCAUUCCGUCGCACGUACCGCAGAUCCUUAUUAACCGAGAACCAUUGCCACAUCUCAAGUUUGACGUUGAGCUACUGGGAGAUGGUGACAUUAUUAUAAAUCAAAUAUGUCAUUUAAUGGGCGACACUUAUAAAGAAGUCUGUUGGUACGACAAAAUUCUGAAAGAGGUCUCGCAGCUCUUGCCAUUGCGGUGUCUGUCCGACGACACGUGGGAACAGAGUCAAGACACGACAAGUAACACCGAAGUGUCGCGCGAUAGCGUGGAAGUCGAUUUAAAACCUCACAAUGUAUCAUCGACCGAAAGUCAGGAUAGCCUUUCGAUCGCUGCGAACGCGGUGCCACAGCACACGGACGACAUCAAUGCCUGCGUAUCAUCUUCGUACGUGGAAAACCCAGACAAGAGCUUCAAUCUUCUGGGAGAAAGUCCGAAAAGACGAUCGGGUGACACUAGUAUAGAAAAUAGUCCUAAGAGGAUGAAUUUCGGUAGCACGCACGAGACGGAAGCUGUGAGUUCCAAGUCGCCAGCGAAUGCCGAGUGCGCAAUGAUUUCUUCGGAAAGCGAGAUCACGUCCGCAAGAUCGACGUUUGAGAACAAUUCGGAAGAAUGUCAGGUGGUGCCCACAAUAUUGUCCCUUUCGUCGGAAGCUGUAAUAAGCGAAAACACCUUGGAGUCUCACAAAUCGCUGAACAAGCGUGGAAAAUCGGAUAAGUAUGACGAUGCCGCGAAUGUAGACGCUGCAGAGUUGGAUAAAACGAUACCGAAACCGAGACAAGCAUCGGUGGACUCCGUACUGGAUUCCGGCAUAGGCGACAGUUGUAACAGCAUCGACAGCACAGAGGAAAAGUUCGAUAUAGCGGAGUUGAAGAACAGAAGAUUGGAGAGACACUGCUGGCAACCAAAGAUUCGGGAGAGCCUCGCUACCAGACUAUCAGAAAAUUCCUAUUACCAAUUGGCACCGGGCAGAUAUAUUUUCCCUGGCGCGGAGGUCUAUUCCGAACCUGAGCAAUACGAUCAAUGUUCCCUCUCGGCAAACUCCGAGAGCACAAAUAGCGACAGCGAUUCCUCUUCCGGAGAAGAAGAGGAAGAUGAGGAGGAAGAGACGUGCGCGGAUGAUGAUCUGUCAGAAGACGCGAACGCCGACGCCGACGCUAACGGUCAAAGCAACGAGCGCAAAGUGGACGAAUAAAUCUUACACUACUACGCAGCAUCGGAAAACUGGAACUGCAUAGCUAAUAAUUUGAUGUUAUUCUAUCGAUCUUUACCAGGAGUUGUUGCGAUCAUCUGUGUACAGUGAUAAGUAAACGGUGCAAUUUUUAUGGCUCAGUUACGAAUCAAAAUGAUACAUUACCAAAUAUUGCGUAUAUAUACCAGAGCAUGCAAUAUAUGCGGUAUGUUCCGUCAUAAAACCGCCACAAGCUUUGCCAGCGUGUUCGGAUAAUUAUUCCGAGCAACAAUGUUCAUGUACACCAUAGAUCAAUUUAGCUUUGUUCCCAAGAUAUGAGCACUUUGUUGUAUAAGACUUCAUGAUAAAAGCUUACUGAUUUCCAUGUAAUAAUUAUUUAACUUAUUGAUAUAAGAAUUUUGUGACGGAACAUCCCCCACACACACACGCACGCACGCACGGAUAUAUAUGUAUAUAUAUAUAUAUAUAUAUAUA